AUGCCUGAAACUGGUAUUUCCCCUAAUAACUACACUUUCCCUUUUGUGCUGAAAGCAUGUGCUUUGAAAUCAUUGAUUAUUGAGGGGAAAGUUCGUCAUGAGGAUGCUACAAGGAUUGGGUUUGAUUUGGAUUUGUAUGUUGAGGCUGCUUUAGUUGACAUGCAUGCAAAAGGGGACAAACUAUUGAGGCUGAACAGUCCCAUAAGGCACAUCUGUUCCAAAAAAUGCAACUUGAUGACUGUUUUGGCAGAUACCAUGGCCAUUGUAAGUGAUGCCUCUGCUGUUGGUCAGUUGGGGCAUACGAUGAGAGCUAAAAUAAUUCAUGCUUGCGCCAUUUGUAAUAGGUUUUUGGAGGAUAUGUCUAUUGGGAAUGCAAUUAUUGCCGUGUUACUUUUUGAGGGGUUGCUGGAUUCUGGCUGUAAGCCUAACCCAGUUACGGUGUUGAUCAUGACACUGCUACCAGGAUUUUUAAUGAUAUCCAUACGAGGGAAAGGAAUACCACUUCAUGAAAUGUGCUGGAUGUGGCAUGCAUGGAUAUGGGAAAGAAGCAUUGAACCUUUUCUCACAAAUGCAACGGGCAGUCGUGCAGAUCUUAUUGAUGAGGGUAGGAAAUGUUUUGCAGAUAUUAAAAAGCACUCUGUUACACCCCAGGCAAAACACUAUGCUUGCAAGGGUUGCAUGGUUGUCAUGCCAGGCAGAGCUGGACUCCUGCAUGAAGCUUUUGAUAUGGUUCAACAGAUGCCAAUAACACAAACUGAUGGUGCUUGGGAGGCUUUGCUUUUGGCUUGCAGAAUCCCUGGGGAUACUGAAUUGGAAGAAAUUGCAGCAAGAAGCUUAUUCGAACCUGAACCAGAGCAUGCUGGAUACUAUGUGCUAAUGUCAAACUUAUAUGCGGCUUCUAACAGAUGGAAAGAAGUGGGGAAGUUGAAGCAAGACAUGAAGGAUAGGGGAUUGAGAAAGCCUUCAGCAUUCAGUGUGAUUGAGUUUGGUAAAGAGGCUCAUGGCUUCCAUACAGCUGAUCGAGUGAACCCAUACCUGCAGGAGCUUUAUAGGAAGUAA